CUGGUAAAGAGCAGAGUUUAAUGUAAAAUGUCUCUCUCAGCGUCACAAAGAUUGAUUUACAUGUUUUAUUUUGAAGCGGACUAUUAUUAGAAAACAUUUCAUUUUGGGUUUUCAUUUUCUGGAAAGACAUUUAAGACUCAGUUUAUGUGAAAACAAAGAUUAUGCUGUUAAUAAUUAAACAUUGUCAUUUUCUGGUACGAAACUAAAGGUCUGAGCAUCGGGUUGAACUUUCAGGCUUUUGAUGUACUUACAUUAUAAUUUAGAACAAAACCAUUGCUAUUUCACUUUUAUAUCAAAAUAGCAAAGAAAACAAAAUUCCAAUUGCGGCUAAAAUAAAUAUUAUUUGAUUAACCUUUUUUUAUUAUUAUUACUGCUUCAUCUAGUAGUUGUAAAAAGCUCAUUGCAUGGAUUCUUACAUGCGUUUACAGUUUUUUCCUUAUGUAAUAAAGCAUGUAGAUUAACCAUAUAUUAGCUGAUAACAUUGUCUGAAUCGGCUGCAGAACUAGAAUUAGCCAAUCACACUUUUUCUUUACAUAAAUAAAAAACAAAAUAAAGUCUGACUGAACAGAUAUGCAGCUUCUAGCUUCCCAACAGUGAUAUGGUGGCAGUCCUUUACUGGUCAUGCCACAAACAUAUUCACUUUUUGAAUGCUGAAUAUUUCCAAAGAGUCAAACUUUUAUGUUUUGAGAGGUUGGAAAAAGUUUAGCAGUUGAUUGGCAGCAGCAUGUAAGGGUGGAACUGAGAAACUGUACACAGCACAGGGAAAACUUUAGACGCAGAGAAACAUAACCUGUCAUCGAACUGUAAGGAUUACUAAACAUGUGAACGGUGGGAUGGAAAGUUUCGGCCAACUUUUUUGUGCCUUUAUACCAGUAUCCAGGUACCAGCAGCUGAGAUCAAAUGUAACAUUAGAGUGGAACUAAAACCACUACAAAAAGUUUACAGUAAACUUUUGCUUUCCUUUUCUUCACACUGUAAAAUAAUAAGAAAAAAGAGAUUUACGACUGCUGGACAAAAAUGAGUCAGAGUGAUUCAUUUGUGUGGGGAAUGUGGUUUCCAGAAAUCCUGCCAAUCUGUAAUUUAAUGCAGGGUGGCAUUAAAUCAACAUGACAAAUGUUUUAGCCUUAAAACUGCAUAUAUAACCCAAAAACUUUUUUUUUAGUCUCAAGAUUUUCUCCAACUUUCAAACCAUAUACUAGUUUACUUACAGAAAUAGCCAAGCACUCGGACAAGUUGAGUUCCUGCAAGUUUUUGCAUUCGCCUAAAGGAAAGAAAAAAAGAGAAAAGAAAAAACAAAAUGAGCAAAGCAAGGCUUGUUAAAUUGUUUUCAUCUAUGUACUAGUAAUAAACCUCGAUACAUAUCAAUUUUAUGUGAUGUCUCUUCUCUUUGAUGAUGUGCUGACUUGAGCUUUUUUUCCACAACAGAGUAAAGAGAAUCUGUGUUGCAUCAAAACCAACACAGCUGCCCGUCAGACAGCGGACUGAAGACUUUCUUCACAGAUUCCCGCUUUGACUCUUGCUCCUGUAGGUGAAAAUAAACACCCUGCAGAGUUCAGGAUGCGUGUGAUCUCACUGAUCUUUUUAGUCCUUGUGGCUCUUUCGCUGCUCCCUUCCACCGAGCCAAAGAGACCAGGGAAGGGCCGAGGACUUAAGAGGCAGAAACUUACACGGGAAAGGUCAAGGAUGAAGGCUCUGCGGCGUCAGAGCAGAUCGGGCCUUUCUGGCGUUGUGAUACCAAACUGCUCAGAGAUGACUCAAUCUGGAGAAGUCUAUCUGGAUUGUCAGGAUCAAAGUCUCACUUUCAUCCCCAGCUCAAGCACCUGGUCCAGAGUACCUAACCAUCUCCUUCUGGCCCGCAACCAAAUUAAAGCGCUCCGCGGUGGAUCCUUCCUUGGAUACGAACGUUUAUCCAGUCUGGAUCUUCAACAAAAUCAGAUCUCACAAGUGGAUGAAGAUGCUUUUCAGGGUCUAACUCACCUAACCACCCUGCUGCUGCAACACAACCAACUGAGAACGCUCAGCGAAGAGGCGCUCAUCCCAAUGCCAAACCUUCACUAUCUGCGUCUCUACGACAAUCCCUGGAAAUGUCUCUGUCCAAUGGAAAGCCUCAUACGCACUCUUCAAGUCCCAAGCAACCGUAACCUAGGGAAUCAUGCCAAGUGUGCAGAACCAGUCAGCCUUAAGGACAGGAAGCUGAAGCAGAUCGAUCCUGAAUUACUGUGUGAGGAAUUUGGCCCAAACAUCAACCUCACUCAAACUAUAGAACCCAUUCCGAUCCGCGGCAAACUAGACGCCACCGCGCUGUGCCACACUUACAUUUUCCCCGUUUCGUGGUUGGACUGCAGGAACCGAGGUCUAACUGAGGUGCCUUCAGGUAUUCCAGACAGUGUUGUUCGGGUCGAUCUGUCCCUUAAUCAAAUCCACCAUCUUAAACCCAGAGAUUUUCAAGGAGCAAAAAGUCUCAGAAUCCUAAACCUCAGCAACAACGACAUGCAGCGGAUCGACACGGGGUCCCUGUCUGGACUUUUACACCUUCAAGAGCUGGACCUGUCAUCCAACAGGCUGCAUUUUGUUCAGUAUGGAGUUCUUGAAGAUUUGUACUUCUUGUCCAAGCUAAAACUAGGAGGAAAUCCUUGGAUGUGCGACUACAACAUACACUACAUGGUGUAUUGGCUACGUCUGCAUCCAGGGGUGAAGCACUCUGGCCUGCUUUGCCAAUCUCCCCUAGAAUAUAAUGGGGAGAGAGUGGAGGACUAUGUGCAUUCUUACAACAGAGACUGUCCUAAAGACAGACAGCUCAGCAGACCGGAUCAAAACCAAAGGGACGCCGAGCUUUGGGACUCACCAAUGGAACUACAAGGAGAAAUAGAAGAAGAAGAGUUGGAGCCGAGCCAUCUGAGAGUGGCACAAAAAUACCAGAUCUUCCGACUGGCCUGACUCAAAUGAUUUGUUUUUAAUAAAGACUUUUCAUUUCUCCCUUUCUGUCAAUACAGUACAACAGUCUGCAUCUCAUUGCUAUGUUUUUUGCAUUUUGAUUUUUUCUUGUUACAGUUUGUCAGGUAAUUCAUAAUAUGAACAGUCCCACUGCAGCUGGUUUGACUUUAGCAUUUUAAACAGCACAGCUUACAUUUGAUCACCUGUGGGUAUUGGCACAAGUAAAAGACAUUAAAAAAAACCACAAAUAAAGAAAUUAAAACUCACUGAUAUAUUUUAAGCUGGACCAUUUUGUCGAAUGGCAGCCGCGCAGGUUCAGGUGGGUCACAAAGGGCCGGUAGCUCUUCAGUAUUUUCUGCACUAUAGCAUCUGUUACCCAGUCUUUCCCCACCGAGAAGUCAAUCUAGCAGAGACAAAAACACUUUAGGCAUGAACCUUUACCACUGUACUAAUGGUAUUCAACCUACUUCAGCUUUUUCAGAUUAUGUAACAUUAUAGGCACAGAUAUUUUCAGAUAGAACAAAACAACUAAAUAUGAAGUUCAAGGAGAUAUUUAUAUGGGUUUGAAUUAUUUUAUAAAUAAAAAGCUGAAAUGCUUUGUGUAGAGUCACCAUUUUCUGCACUUCAUACUGAUGUCUCUAUCAGGUUUGCACAUCUAGAGAAAUAGAUUUAUGCUCAUUCUUCUUUGUAAAAUAGUUCCAGCUCAUUCAGUUUAAUUUAUUUGCUCAGAUUCUUAGUUGGAAAUCAGUCUAAGCUUUAAUUGUGGCUUUUUAAUGGACAAAUAUACUUUGGUCUGACCCAUUACUUUGUAGCUCUCUGUUUUAGGUUAUUGUCCUGCAGGAAAAUAAACCUCUGGGACAGAAAACAGGUUUCAAGGAUUGUGCUCCAUUUAGCUCCAACCAUCUCGAUAUCAUGACAUAGCAGCUUCCCUGCCCCUACUAAAGAAAAAUAUUCUGCUGCUCCCUGCAUGUUUUACUAUGUGUGACUUUGUUCAGCAUGCAGGAUAAAAAGUUAUAUUUUGGCCUCAUCUGACCAGAGCGUGUUCUUUCAGUCCUCAAAAUGGCUGACAGGUCUUCUUAUUGUGUCUCUGAUACAUCUCUUCUCCCCUGGUCAGUUGGUUUCGGAGUUAAACCCUAAACCAAGGUUUGUAGCUGUGCCAUAUUCUUUCUAUUUCCAGAUAGUGGAUUGAAAAGAGCUCUUUGAAAUACUUAAAUGUUGUAUAUUUUAUGAGCUAACCUUGCAGUAAACUUCUCCCUGUCCUGUCUGCUGUGUUCAUUAGUCUUCAUGAUGCUGUUUGCUUUCUGAUGUUCUUCAAUGUACUGCUGUAUUUACAUUGAGAUUAAAUUGCAGACAAAAAAACUAA